GUGCAACUGCUCUGGCAGUGGGGUGGCUGCCUGCCCUCCCUGCCCCUGCCCAGCUCCACUAUAAAUCGCGAGGGAGAGGGACCCUCCCUUCCCACUGAGGAGGUGACACACAGCUGGCUGGGGCUGGAGCCCCUGGGAGCCCAGCAGAGCCUGCAGGCAUGAGAGUGGCCGUGGUGGGCGCGGGGGUCAGCGGGCUGGCAGCCACCAAGUGCUGCCUGGACGAGGGGCUGGAGCCCACCUGCUUCGAGCAGAGCCAGGACAUCGGGGGGGUCUGGCGCUACACGGAGCACAUCGAGGCCGGCCGGCCCAGCCUGUACCCGUCAGUCAUCAGCAACACCUCCAAGGAGAUGUCUGCCUUCUCUGACUUCCCCUUCCCCGAGCACUUCCCCGUGUUCCUGCCCAAUGCCCUGCUCCUGGACUACCUCCGGCGCUACACCGAGCACUUCGGCCUGCGGGAGCACAUCAGAUUUGGGAGCACCGUUGUCAGCAUCCGUAAGCACCCCGACUUUGCCACCACAGGCCAGUGGGAUGUGGUCACGGAGGCAGGGGGGAAGCAGACAUCACAUGUCUUUGAUGCUGUUAUGGUUUGCAGCGGCAGUUUCUCAGAGCCAUCCCUCCCCCUGCAGUGUUUUCCCGGCAUCGAGAGGUUCCGAGGGCAGCGCUUCCACAGCAGGCAGUACAAGCAUCCUGAUGUGUUCCAGGGCAAGCGUGUCCUCGUGGUGGGCAUGGGCAACUCAGGAGUGGACAUCGCAGUGGAGGCCAGUCGUGUCGCUGCAAAGGUGACCAUCAGCACCACUCGAGGAGCCUGGCUGCUCAGCCGUGUGUCUGAGCACGGCUACCCCUGGGAUAUGAUUUUAAACACUCGCCUCAGGAGCCUGAUCAAAACCAAACUCCCCGCCCCCCUUUCAUGGUGGUUGAUUAAUUAUAAGGUGAACCAGUGGUUCAACCACGAAAACUAUGGCCUUCAGCCAGAGAACAGCUGGCUGGUGCGGGAGCCCCUGGUGAACGACGAGCUCCCGAGCUACAUCCUGACAGGCAGGAUCACCAUCAGGCCGGGCGUGAAGGAGUUCAAGGACAGCUCAGUCCUGUUCCACAACUGCCCUGAGGAGGAGCCCAUCGAUGUCGUUGUCUUCGGCACGGGUUACACCCUCUCCUUCCCCUUCCUGGAAGAAUCCAUCAUCAGGGUGGAGAACAAGCACGCGUCCCUCUACAAAUACGUGUUCCCACCCCAGCUGCAGAAGCCCACCCUGGCUGUCCUUGGGGUGAUUAAGCCCUUUGGAGCCAUCAUGCCCGUGGCAGAGAUGCAGGCACGCUGGGUGAGCCGUGUCUUCAAAGGCUUGUGUCAGUUGCCUCCCCAGGCUGUCAUGGAGAAGGAAGUAAAUGAGAAGAAGAAAAAACAAAUCCAAUGGUUUGGUCUGACCUUUGACGAAGUCCUCAAAACCGAGUGGCUGGGCUACCUGGACACACUGGCCUCCUUCAUUGGUGCCAAGCCCAGCGUGCUGGGGCUGCUCUUCACAGACCCUUGGCUGGCUCUCAGCAUCUUCUUUGGCCCCUGCUCCCCCUACCAGUACAGGCUGGGGGGUCCUGGGUGCUGGCAGGGGGCACGGCAGGCCAUCCUCACCCAGUGGGACCGCGUCCUGAAGCCCACCAGGACACGAGUUCCUGCUGGCUCCUCCAGCUCUCUCCUGUCUCUCCUGACUGUGGUGGGAUUCCUUCUGCUCCUGGCUGCUGUGGUUUUUGGUUUCCUAUAGCUUUUAGAGCGCGUUUGUUUGUUUAUUGUUUGUUUGGGUUGGUUGGUUGGGGUUUUUUUGUCCCGAAGGAUUUUAUCUCAGGUCAGACAGCUCCUCAGUGUGCCACAGGACUGGGAAAAGGAUUUCAGUGUCACCAACAUGUUUUAUGAAAAAUCCUUUCCUUAGGAUCUUUUCUCCUGAGAAGCAGAGAGGCCUCAGGAACAAAUGUAAACAAUGAUUAUCUGGUGCUGUGGAAUGCACCAGGUGGAUCUGUGAUUGGUCUCACCUGGUUGUUUCUAAUUAAUGGCCAAUCCCAGUCCAGCUGUCCAGACUGUCUCAGUCACAGACAAACCUUUGUUAUUCAUUCCUUUUCUAUUCUUAGCCAGCCUUCUGAUGAAAUCCUUUCUUCUAUUCUUUUAGUAUAGUUUUAAUAUAAUAUAUAUCAUAAAAUAAUAAACCAAGCCUUCUGAACAUGGAGCCAACUUUCUCAUCUCUUCCCUCAUCCUGGGUCCCCUGUGAACACCCUCACAAAUGGUGACCCCGAGUGAAGAAACUACCACAUUUCAGUAGAUGAAAACAAACUUUAAUCUGUAACCUGCAGCACAAACCUCCCUCUGCUCCAGCUCAACCCCAAGCCCAGCUUUGCAGGCCUCAUUAACCAGGGAUGGCACUUGCCCAAGUGUUUUUUGCCCCUCUGCUCCCCUGCCUGCUGCCAGGAGCAGAGCAGGGAUUGGUGCCACAAUUGUGCCUGGAUCGCCCAAGACAGGAUGCAGAGAGGACAAGCCCAGCUGAAGUGGUGGUGUGUCACAGGAGCAGGAGUGGCCAGGAAUUAUCUGGGCUGUGUACACAGGUCAGGCUGUCAGUGUCCAAACCUAAACACUGCAACCCCAAAAUCCCAGCUGAGGUUGAGUUGGUGCAUGUUUCCAGUUGUUUGGAAAGAUUCCAGGUUUGUCACACAGGAGCCUGUGGGGCUGAGCACUCCUGGCUUUGCUUCCCUCCGUGCCCCACCACUGGACAACCCUGAGGCUUUGUUUUGUGCAUGGAGAGACUUUAAAUGAAUAAAAUCUCAGUGGCUGUGGCAA